AUGACAGAACUGAAGUCGUUGGGUAGCAAAACAAUAAAGAAGUUGGAAUCCAAGAAAACGUCUCCUACCACCAAUAAUCAACCUUCAAAGAAGCAGAAGAGGAAGGGAGAAAACCCCAUUCGAAUAAUACCUGCACCAGACCAGUCUCCCAAUUUUGUGAGUUCAAACUCUUGGAUAUGUAAAAAUGCUGCCUGCAGAGCUGUCUUAUCCAUUGAUGACUCAUUCUGCAAGAGGUGUUCUUGCUGCAUCUGUCAUUCCUUUGCUAAUGAGGAUUCUUGUGGGCUCUCAUGUCACAUUGAGUGCGCCUUUCAGCAUGAAAAGGUUGGUGUUGUUGAUCACGGACAACUCAUGCAGCUAGACGGCAGUUAUUGCUGCGCUUCUUGUGGUAAAGUAUCAGGGAUUAUCGAAUCCUGGAAGAAACAGCUCACUAUUGCAAAAGAUGCCCGUCGUGUUGAUCUGCUGUGCUAUAGGAUAUACCUAUGUUAUAGACUUCUUGAUGGAACUUCAAGAUUCAAAGAGUUGCAUGAACCCAUAAAAGAAGCCAAAGCCAAACUAGAAACCGAGGUUGGUCCGUUAGAUGGCGUUUCUGCAAAGAUGGCACGAGGCAUCGUCAGCAGACUCCCCAUUGCUGCUGAUGUGCAUAAACUAUGCACUCUUGCAACUGAAAGAGCAGACGAAUGGCUGGGUUCAGCUUCUAAUGUCAAUUCUAGCUGCAGAGAGGGCUCACUGCCCGCUGCCUGCAGGUUUUUCUUCGAAGAAGUGACAGCAUCAUCCGUCAUAAUUAUCCUGAUCGAAAUGUCUGCAUCAUCAUCCGACGAUAUAAAGGGCUACAAACUCUGGUAUACCAAGAGCAGAGAAGAGACUCCUCCAAAGGAACCUAUUUCCGUGUUCCCCAAGACUCAGAGGAGGAUUCUGAUAUCAAAUCUGCAGCCCUGCACAGAGUACACCUUCCGAAUCGUGUCAUACACAGAAUCUGGCGACUUGGGUCACUCAGAAGCCAAGUGUUUCACCAAGAGCGUAGAGAUUUUCCGCAAGCUUCCCAGCUCUUCUUCAGCUGCAGCAAAUGGUGGUACGAAAGACGCCACUACAGAAGGCAGCAGUGACCUCUCCGGAUUCAGGGUUCGAGAACUCGGGAAGAUCAUCCGCAUGGCGUGGGCUCAGGAGCGAGCCUGCUCCGAUGGCUAUUGCUGUGAUGCUGCCGAUUCGGCAAAACCAGAGUCCACUCAGCAUCAAAGGGCCAACGAGGAGGUCCAUGACUGCGACAGCACUCUCAUCAACGGCUCGCCAUUUCGCCCGUCCAGGGGCUCCGGUUCGUUGGACGAGAACUUCGAGUCGUGUGUGAAAAUAAUCCGGUGGCUCGAAUGUGGUGGGCAUAUUGAUCAGGAGUUCCGCCUGAAGUUGCUCACUUGGUUUAGCUUGAGGUCCACGGAACAGGAACGGAGGGUUGUUCAUACUUUCAUCCGGACUAUGAUCGACGACCCGAGUAGCCUAGCAGAACAACUGAUCGACUCGUUCUCAGAUAUCGUAUCGAACAAGAGGCCGCGGAAUGGCUUCUGCAGUAAGUUAUGGCAUUGA